GUCUGGAGUCCCCUCCCCUUCACAAGCCCAAGCUAUUCUAAGCGCUGAUUUAUUUGUUGUUGACUUCAUCACUCACUUUCCUUGAUUCUGUCCCUCAACUCCCUCCAAACCUCGCUCUCCCCUCGCCCUGUCACCCCCCGCCGAGCACAGCACCCAUCCAGAGCGAGAGCUCCAGGCCGUGGUGUUCUUCUGGCCCACAGAUCCCAGUCGGGACCACACAUCCGACCCUCCUCGGGAAGAGGGCGAGAUCCCCGCCGCUCGGUUUUCUUUCAAUGCCCUGGGAACCCUGUCUACAAAAAUGACAGCUCGAGUCCUCUGGCUUCUCUGUUUGAUCAUCGGAUGGUCCCCCGAAGCCCCGGUGGCGGAGAGAAAAGCUCCUCCGCCGCACCGAAAGCCGGGGGCCCGGGAAACGCCGGGCCCGCCCGCGCAGCCGCUGCCGGAGUUCGCGCGCCGGCCGCGAGCCGCGGACGCAGGGCCGCGCGCCUGGCCGGAGCCCCGGCGCCGGAAGCCCGCGCCACCAGCUGACAACCGCGCCGGCUUCCGGGAUGCGGCGCGCGCGCCCGCAGGGCUCCCGGGCCCGCGCCUCACUCAGGCGGAGAACCGCGCGUCCUCGCCGGAGGACUCCCCGCGGCGCGCGCGCUCUCGGGCCCCGCGACCCCAGGGCGCGCGCGCCGCUGGCCCCGCCCACCCGAACCGGCCGCGCGCCGCCGCGCAGCCCUCUGGAAGCCCGCGCGCGCUGCCGCCCGAGGACGCCGAGCUGGAGCCCCAGUCGUGCGCGCGCGCAUGCAGCGGGGACGCGGACGAGCGCGAGGCCUACUGCGCCAGCGAAUUCGCAGCCGUGAACGGAAUCGUGCACGACGUGGACGUGCUAGGCGCGGGCCUGCGGCUGGUGACUCUACUGGUGGACCCCGAAGGGCUGUACAAGAUGAGCCGCCUGUACAUCACUCCCGACGGCUUUUUCUUCCGCGUGCAUAUACUAGCCCUGGACUCUUCCAGUUGCCAUAAGCCGUGUCCAGAACUUAAACCUGGAAGCCGGUAUAUUGUGAUGGGCCACAUCUACCAUAAGAGACGGCAGCUCCCUACUGCUCUGCUCCAGGUCCUGAGAGGGCGCCUGCGGCCAGGAGACGGACUGCUCAGGGGUAGCAGCAGCUACGUGAAAAGAUUUAACCGAAAACGGGAGUGGCAAGUUCGAGGUGCCACCCACACCCAGUGCAUUUGAACAGACCAGCCUGGCACCUGUGGGUCCCAAGAGACUUGGAACUCAGCAGGAAGACACAGAAGGUGGUCCGUCACAGCAGGGGUCCUUCUGUCUGAAAUUGGGUCCACAGCUGGCUACCUUAAGAACUUGUGCAGCUUAGCUCUAAAGCUGCCACUUUAUUUACAAAACGCUGACAAGCUAUGCUCCAGAGCACAGUGGGAAAGUUACAGUGACACACACACACAGCUCAGACAGCUGGCCUGCCAGGUCAACGGAUCACACACUUCGUGUUGUUUUUAAGUUAUUUUAAUUUAAUACAUUUUUUUUCAGUAGAAAUAGUUCACAAAACAUUUCUUGAAUUUAAAUAUACAACUUUGAAUAGUAUCUAUCAUGUGUCAAGAUUUUGUAUUUAAAGCAUCGAGUUUUAAAUUCCACACAUGAGAGUAAACAUCCCUGUCAGAAUUCAUUUACAUAUGAAAUGUCACUUAGAUCAUACACUAGGGUCAGAACCCAGGCCAAGUAUGAAAAUUAUGUUUCAAGGGCUAAUUCAAGCAAACUAUCAUUCCAAGAGUGUUCCUGAUGUAACUCUGGGCACUGUCAUGCACCCCUGCUCCGAAUACCUUGUUUUGUACCAGACUGGCAUCUAUUCCAGCAUUUUCUGGUGUAUCUGAUGUCAUUUUUCUGUUAGGACUCAGGAUCACCAUUGUGUUUGUAAAGCAGUAAAUCUUGCCUUGAAAUCA